GGCCCCACAGAGUUGAGUCCGCAGUCCGCGUUCGUGGGCGGCGACACACGCUGGUAGCCGAGUCGCGAUGGAUGCAAAAUGAACUCUCCGAGUCUGCCCUAAAUCGUUAAACCAUCCCGACCUUUCCUCGUAUUUCCUUUCCCGCUGCUUUCUUCUGCUCCAUUCCUCCUUCCUUCCCUCCCAGACUAUCUGAUGGGUAGUAAAAGCAAGAAGCCUCGCAAGAGGACUGCCAAACGCGACCCAAUCGAUUCCGAGGGCGAGGAAGACUCGAUUGAUGAGAUGCCGGCCGUUUCUUUGUCUGAUGUCGAUGACGAGUCAGGUACAGAUAAAAGCGAAAGCAUGUUGGAAGAGAAUGUGCCACAGACCCAACAGAAGGCGAUAGAGCAUAUGAAGCAAUUACAGAGACUCGAGGAGAAGGACCCAGAAUUCUAUCAGUUCUUGAAAGAUUACGAUAAGGAGCUUCUGGAAUUCGAUGACGUAGACUUCAAUGAAGAUGCCAAGACUGAACUGGAUGAACCCGAAGAUUCAGAACCUCAUGUUACUGCAGAGAAGGUACAAAAGUCAUCGGAGAAAGUUAUUACAACGACGAUGGUUAAUACGUGGUGCAAUGCAGUUCGAGAAAAGUCUAGUCUUAGGGCGGUUCGUACUCUCAUGCGGGCUUUCCGGACUGCAUGCCAUUAUGGAGAUGAUACUGAAGACGAACCUUCCAUAAAGUUUAGGAUCAUGUCUAGUAGUGUCUUCAAUAAAAUAAUGUUGUUCGUUUUAAGUGAAAUGGAUGAGGUUCUUCGCGGGUUGCUUAAAAUGCCCAGCUCUGGAGGAAAGAAAGAAACAAUAAUGAAUCUGGCGAACACAAAAGGUUGGAAAACUUAUGGCCAUAUAGUGAAGUCAUAUCUUGCAAAUUCACUCCAUGUAUUGAACCAAAUGACUGAUAGUCAGAUGAUCUCAUUCACAUUACGGCGUCUUAGAUAUUCAGCUGUGUUUUUGGCCGCAUUCCCGAGCCUACUAAGGAAGUACAUUCAGGUUGCACUUCACUUCUGGGGUACUGGAGGAGGUGCCCUGCCCGUUGUUUCAUUCCUAUUUCUAAGAGACAUCUGCAUUCGUCUUGGUUCGGAUUGUCUGGAUACAUGCUUGAAAGGCAUAUACAAGGCCUAUGUUAUGAAUUGCCAGCAUGUGAAUGCAUCGAGGUUGCAGCAUAUCCAGUUCCUUGGGAACUGUGUCAUCGAACUUUAUGGAGUGGACACAUCGAGUGCGUAUCAACAAGCCUUCAGUUUCAUAAGACAGAUGGGGAUGAUAUUAAGAGAUGCUCUUACCAUAAAGACCAAGGAAGCUUUUAGGAAGGUUUAUGAAUGGAAGUACAUGAACUGCCUCGAGCUCUGGACUGGAGUGAUCUGUGCCUACAGCUCCGAAACUGAUAUCAAACCCCUUGCAUACCCACUGACCCAAAUAAUCUCUGGGGUUGCCCGUUUGGUUCCAACUGCGCGGUACUUCCCACUUAGGUUGCGGUGUGCCAGAAUGCUCAACCGCAUUGCUGCUGCGACUGGUUCUUUUGUCCCUGUUUCUUUGCCCCUUCUGGAUAUGCUGGUGAUGAAAGAACUGAACAGACCCCCUUCUGGAGGCGUUGGGAAAGCAAUUGAUUUGCGUACAACAUUGAAGGUUAGCAAGCCAGCAUUGAAGACACGUGCAUUUCAGGAGGCAUGUGUGUUUUCUGUGGUUGAAGAGCUUGCUGAGCACCUAGCUCAGUGGAGUUAUUCUGUUGCUUUCUUUGAGCUGUCAUUUAUUCCACUUGUGCGGUUGCGGAGCUUUUGUAAAGCUACCAAGGUUGAGAGAUUCCGCAGAGAAAUAAAGCAGCUCAUUCGUCAGGUGGAGGCCAAUUCUGAGUUUACAAAUGCACGUCGUAUGAAUAUUACAUUUUCACCGAAUGAUCCUGCCAUAGCAUCAUUCCUCAAGGCUGAAAAGGAGUCAGGAGCAAGCCCUUUGUCGCAACACAUUGCCAUACUACGUGCAAGAGCACGAGAAAGGAAUGACUCAAUGGUGGAAUCGAGUAUUCUUGUUGGGGCAGACUCCUCCGUGUUCGGCAGCAAGGUGAAAGAAAUCGACGAAGAAGAUGAUACUGAGAACCCAAAAGUAGGGGCUGCUGCCUUUAGCUCAUCCUGGUUACCUGGAAAUGACAAGGCUACUAUUAAGAAGUCUAAAAGUUCGAAACGGCAGCAUCAGAAGCAGCUUGAGGUGGGUCCUGAUGAGGAUGUGGUGGAGGACUUGGUCCUAAGUUCAGAUGAAGAUGAGCCUGUUAAUGACUACUCUCUGUCCACCGAUGAGGGGCAUGAAGUGGAAAAUUCACCUCUAAAACAAAAUAGCAAGAAACGGAAACAUUUUCCUCCAAAACAGAAUAGCAAGAAACAGAAACCACCUGCAGCUUUGCCAAAAAAGAAGAGAGGACGGCCACAUAUGAAGAAACCAAAGAAAAUUGUGAAUUGAUGAGGAUAUCGAGUGAAUAACUGAUUGGUGGGGGGUGUGACAAUGCAAAAUGGAGCCUAAUCCAGGCAUUGUUGGGCCGUCCACACGUAGAAUUUUUUUGAGGUGAUCUCAAUUUUGCUAGUAAUACAGGUAGAAAACUUUUCCGCUGAUUGUUAUCUGUUUUGCUUGGUUAAUAUAAUAUUUUGUGCCA